AUGCUCGGGCUCCUGGGUAAGGCGCUGUCCUACCUCUGGAGGCGCGCAGAGGACGAGGAAGAAGGAGAGGAGAGAUGUGCAGCGUCAGGUGAUAAAGAACUAAAAACUGUCCAAGGAGUUGUGACAAGAUUUUGCUAUGAUUAUGGGAUGAUAGAUGACAUGAUAAUAUUCACAAAGGAUGCUGUUAAAACAUCUGUGCCACUGACCGUUGGACAGGAAGUUACUGCCACUGUUGAAGAGGAUAAAAUAUCAGGUGGCUUGAAGGCUAUCAGGGUAGAGGCUGCCCAAAAUACCUGGGGAGACUCCAGUGAUGAUGCUUCUGAACAAGAUAUGAAAACAUUAAUUGGAAAUAUUACCUCUGUCUCUAAGAAUGGUGGCUAUAUUAAUUGCAAUACAUUUUUUGCAAUGGAAAAUGUCUGUGAAGGCUUCAAACCUUAUGAAGGUGACUGUGUGCAAGCAAAAUAUUUUAUUAACCCAACAACGUGGAACAGUGAAGCAGUUGCUGUAAAGCCUUUGAGAUAUAAGCAAGUAAACAAGGCUCGCAUUACCAGCAUCUGUGGAAGAAGUGGUGCAAUAAAUGAGAGUAUAUUUUUUACUUUGGAUUCAUUGAGACUUCCUGAUGGCUAUUCACCAUGUAAACAUGAUCUAGUGAAUGCAGUUGUGGUGGAAAGCAAUCAAUCCUGUUAUGUUUGGAGAGCCCUCGGAUUGGUGCCGGUCAGCCAGGAUGGAGAAAAGGAGCAAGGGCAAGAUGUGGAACAGCCAAUAGGACGCGUCAGUAUUACCGGAGAAAUUGUCAUACCACCAGGUGGAAAAACAUUCAUAGUGGUCAUAUGUACAGCUGUAAAUCCCGGUUACAGCAGAGAGCUCCUGUUGCUUGGUUUUUCUGAUUUUACUGUGGGACGUUAUAUUGAAGCCACUGUAACAAGUGAAGAAGAAUUAUUACUAGCACCUGUGGAACCAUUUUCUCCAAGAAAGCCUCAAAUUAAUCCACAACCUCAGCCAAGGAUGACAACAGUGGUUUUCCCUAAGUACAGCAGAAGUCACAGAAAGCGUUUGCCAAGCUUUCUACCACAUUAUCCUGUACCAGAUGAUUUAAGAAGAUGUGUGGAGCAGAAGUUAGACAUACUGGCUUUUCAGCCUCUCUUAGCAGAGCAUCUUAAUCUAGAUAAUUAUAAAGCAAACUUUUCUGCUCUCUUGUGGCUUGAAGAGAUCGAGGAAGAAAUGGAGAUAAAAGACUUUAACAUGAGUGGGGUUACUUUGAAAAGGAGUGGGAACUUUUUAGUGUUGGAAGUGCCAGGAGUGGAAGAGGGCAGACCUCGCCUCACUGCAGGUGAUAAGGUGAUACUGAAAAGUCAGGUCUACUCUGAACAUAUAAUGGAGUACGUUGCCUAUAUUACCGAGAUAUGUAAUGAAGAUGUUAGUCUUAAACUUGAUGCAGAUUUUGAACAGUCUUACAACUCGGAACCCAUGGAUGUAGAAUUUGUGCAUUGCAGGAUUACUAGCAGGCGAUGCCAGUUGGCAGUUGAGCAAGCUAUCUACCUGGGUGAAAAAGUGUUAUUUCCAGAAAGACUUGUCUUGCAAUCACCACAAGCUGUCAAGACCCAGAAUACUGCUAAGUAUUGUGUUGUUGAUGAUGGCCUUGAACAAUGUUUCCAGCAGGAAAUUGCUGAAACUGGGACACUUAAACAGGGAGGUCUUGAAUUUUUCAAUCCUAUGCUGAAUGAGCAACAGAAACUGGCAGUGAAAAGGAUACUGAGUGGUGAAUGCCGUCCAACACCCUAUGUUCUUUUUGGACCACCAGGAACUGGAAAAACAGUAACAGUAAUUGAAGCUAUUUUACAGAUACAUUCUACUCUCCCAGACAGUCGAAUUUUGGUUUGUGCACCAUCAAAUGCUGCAACAGAUCUAAUUUGCUUGCGGCUGCAUCAAAGCAAUCUAUUAAAACCAGGAACUAUGGUCCGAGUUAAUGCUUUGUUCAGGUCAGAAGAGCAAAUUAAUGACCUGGUGAAACCUUACUGCAAGGAUGGUGAUGAUGUUCAGAAGGCAUUAUGGUUCAGGAUAAUAAUUACCACAUGCAGCAGUGCAGGAAUGUUUUAUCAAGCAGAAAUACGGCUUGGACAUUUCACUCAUGUGAUUCUGGACGAGGCCGGACAAGUAACUGAACCAGAGAGCUUGAUUCCUAUUGGGUUGAUAUCAGAAGCUAAUGGACAGAUAGUUCUUGCUGGAGAUCCAAAGCAGUUAGGGCCAGUAAUAAAAUCUAAAAUUGCACUGAUGUUUGGAUUAAACGUGUCCUUUCUGGAAAGGCUGACAUCAAGAGAGAUAUACCUGAGAGAUGAGGAUGCUUUUGCUGCCUGUGGAGCAUAUAAUCCUUUGUUGAUCACAAAACUUACAAAGAACUACAGGUCACAUCCUGCGUUGCUUGCCUUGCCAUCUAAAUUGUUUUAUCAUAAGGAACUAGAAGUUUGUGCGGACACUUCAGUAGUAAAUUCUUUGUUGCGUUGGGGGAAACUGCCCAAGAAGGGAUUUCCACUAAUUUUUCAUGGAGUAAGGGGCAGUGAAAUACGUGAAAGUCGCAGUCCUUCAUGGUUUAAUCCAGUUGAAGCAGUUCAAGUAAUGCGGUACUGUUCUCACCUUGCUAGAAGUGAGAACACUGCAGUGCCAGUGACUGACAUUGGAGUGAUUACACCAUAUCGUAAACAGGUGGAAAAAAUUAGACUUCUUCUGAGAAGUAUCGAUUUGGCAGACAUUAAAGUUGGCUCAGUAGAAGAGUUUCAAGGGCAGGAGUACAUGGCUGUCAUCUUAUCAACAGUGCGAUCUUGUGAAGGCUUAUUUGGUGAUGCCAAAUACUCUUUGGGCUUUCUCUUUAACCCAAAGAGAUUUAAUGUAGCAGUUACUAGAGCAAAAGCUUUGCUCAUCGUCGUUGGAAAUCCUGAUGUUCUUGCAAAAGAUCCCUGUUUUUGUGCACUGUUAGAAUACAGUUUAAUGAAUGGAGCUUAUGUCGGUUGUGACCUGCCUCCAGAGCUGGCAUACCUGCAGAAGUGA